CAUUUAGCAUUAUUUCGCUCGUUGCAUUUCCACGUGCGUAUGAAUCCUUUGCGAGGAUACCAAACCAGACCAAAAUUACCGGUUAAGCAAACCUAGAAUAUAAAACUAGUCAGUCGUCCCGCCAAUACAGGGUCAAUGUCUGGGAAACCAAUUCUACUUUUGAAUGUGUGACGUUUUAACUAUGUCAUUAUGCGAACGCAGUUUUAAUUAUCGCGGAAGUACAUACGAGAUGUUUUGUUUUGUGUGAAAUUACACUUUAGGUUCAUUCACACAUCAGGCAUUCUCAUCAGCAUACUUCAAGAUGGGUAGUUUGAAUGCCACUAACGGCAUUUGGAUACUCUUUAUAUUCUUUCUUCUGAUACCACUUCUAUCUUCGCAAAAUACGACGAUUUCUGGACCAAUUUCGACAACAACUCCAAAAGCGCCGAAUCGAGUGAACAGGUAUCCUUGCCGUUGUUUUGAGGGAGAAUGUGGUUGUUGUUCUGGAGCAAUUUUGUCUAAUUUCAACAUAAAUGUUCAAAAUCGAGCUUGCGUAAAUGUAACUUAUUUUCCAGAAGAUUUCGAAUUUCACAUGCGAUUCAUAUUGAACGAUGUUACAUUUUACCAAAGAAGAAUGUCAGGAAAAAAUCCUCGUCCAUUGUGCGCAUCCAUCCCCUAUAUUACGCUGGUAAAAAUGUGUGUAGUUUUCAGCAACGUGUACGUCGUGAGCAGAAAUCUACACAUGUGCCUGAGUAUUGACGGAAAGUUCAGGGAAAACACUUUGUUCUCCUAUAGUUUUGAUUGCAUCAGAGUUGGAACAAGCGGCAUAGCUUUAUUAAAACCGGAAGAAGGAGGAGGAUUAGGACCACCAAAACCCGUAAUUGAUAAUGCUACAGUGGGAGAAGAUUACGAUGCAAUUGUUGCCAGUGAAGGAGAUGAUAUUCAGAGUGCCAAAUUAGCCUAGUGCCAUUUAAAGCGUUAUUUGAUUUUUAACUUUCAUUAUAUUAAGUUGACGUAUAUUUAUCAUUAUUUUGAAAUACAAUUUAAAUUCAUUUGUU